AUGGAUUUCUGGUCGCGCUUAUUGAGCCCUCUCUCGUCUGGGGGCACCCGCAAGGACCUGGGACAUGAUCCUGCGAAACGACUUCACCGGUUCGAGAAGCAAUAUAGCCUCUUACUCUCUGCUUGGAGAGCAUCAUCCAACCUAUCUCGAGACAGCGACGCCGCCGAGACCCUCGAAAUCCGCCUUCAGGAACUCACCAACAUCCUAAGCGACGAGAGCCGAAGACCGUUACCGCAUCCAUGUAUUCAAUACUGCUCGCUCAAGCAAAUCUACGUGCCCAUUGGAAAGAUCGCUACGACUUCGUACAAUGAGUGGAUCAUUAAGGAGGCCGUCCUCUUCUUUGCGACCUUGAUCGAGAGCGAGGAGGAAGCGUUUGUUGAGAACCAGACCUUUUCCGCUAGCCUGACGAACCUUCUUGUACGAAUUACUGGCAUCAACAGCGUGCGCCUGGGCCUAGAUACCGAGUCUCGUGUCGUCGAGCUAGCAUUUAACAUCACAACCAAGAUUCGGCUGGACCCGAGUAUUCUACCAGCAUGGUUCAAGACACACCGCGGCGUGGCGCUUCAGAACAGGGAGAAGGAUGAGAACGCCCGCGAUGCGUUCAUUGGACGGACACAAAAGGCCGACUUCCCCCUCUUUUAUAUUCUCAUGGACUAUAUCCAUCAUGAGGGUAAGGUGGGCGACUUUGCGCGAACAGGACUGCUCUACAUCAUCGAAGCUGCAUCGAGUUCGGGACCGUUGGAACAAUGGAUUGUCGAAAGUGACCUAUCAACUUUGAUGGCGACAGGCCUUGGCGCUUUGUACAGCCAGCUCAGUCGCAAACUGGUCGUUGACCAUCUUCCUCAUAACCUACCCCCUAUUCUCGCCUUCUCCGAUUACGAACAUCCUACAUCCAACUACGAAGUCAUCAGCUCAUGCUCGCCCGAGUUCCAAUCUCACCUUGAAACCUUCUUAUCACAUCUAUUAUUUUGGCAAGACGUCUUGAACCACUGUCGGUCUGUAGAGGUCAAGUCGACUCUGCUGGAGCACUUCCAAGUUAUUUUCCUUCAACAGUUAUUAUACCCCUCACUACUUGAGUCCUCUGAUAUCGACGGAGGCUCGUCUGUGGCUGUUUUGACUUAUCUUCGCCGUAUCCUGGAAUCACUCGAUCAUCCUGACAUGAUCAACCUCAUCCUUCAUUACCUCCUCGCACUCCCCGAUAACAUCGCUUCCGCCCGUCCUAGCUCAAGCUCGUCUGCCAGCAAGGCCCGCAAAAGAAAGUCGAUGGACCUGGCCACGAUGUUGGCAGAAAGGGCAGAACCCGCUGCUACGCCCCUACUCUUCAACCUGGUUGAUCUCGUUCUCGCAUGCUUGAGAUCGCGGAAUCAACAAACAAUUCAUGUUACCUUACAACUGGUGUCAGCUAUUCUUAAGAGACACCACCGAUAUGCUAUCGUCACUCUGCUGAGAACUGAUAAUGUUCCUAUUCAGAAUGCCACUAGAACAGUAGGCGCUCAAGAGCAAGAGGUUGAAUUCAUUAUGUCAUUGGCGGGAACAAUAGGAGGUGAAGAUGACUUCGAUGAGGUCUAUCAACUUGUCCUUCGAGAUACCAUGUCUAGGCUUGAAGCACAUCCUUGCUCCCUCAAGCUCGUCGCGCCCAGGGCAUCUACGAGUAACCAGAGGCUGCCCGACAGUCUUCCUGGAGCGCCUAAAGAGGUUGCAGAUCACACUCUGCGACCUGAUGACCCUCUUCUCAACUCACUACUGGACCUCCUGGAGACAUUCUUCGUAAAUCAAGUCGAGACGAACUUGUCCGUCACUGAGACACUUGUUGACUUGGCGGUUUGCGGUUUUAUGAAGAUCGAAGGAUGGUUGGCACGAAGCCCAACCUCCUAUACAUAUGAUGAGGUUGAGAAGACGAGACGUAAGUCUACAGAGGAUGAAGAUGGAGAGAGUGAAGAUGAUGAAGAUUUUGAAGAUCUGCCAUCGCCAACCCCAGAACAAAAACAGCUACAAGCCAUGGAACAAUGCCGCCAACGGCCGCAAUGGUCGCAGGCCUCUUUACCACGUGUUUUCAACGUUCUCAGAAGACUUGAAGAGCAGGUGGCUGCCUACAGAAGGAGUAUUCCCCGAUUUGACGAGUUGGUGCAACAACGGCGUGACGCCUUCAGGACUGCGGAUGCAAUGUUACACCACGCGGGUCCUACACCCAGGCCGACCCCCAUCAGCGAAGAUCCUCCAGAUCGACCAAGCUUUGAAGAGGUAUCGCGCAACGCAUCACCCUCCCGACCGUCGGCACUGGAAGGAUUGGCGCAUCGUCUCCUGUCCGAAUUGGGAACGCCGAGCCGUGCCAGCAGCCCGCGAGGACGCAAAGAGCUGGGUCGUAGCUCUGGAAGUGGUAACGCGACACCUGGAAAGUCUGUGCUUAGUUCCAAGGAAGCGUCUCAUAGUAGGGGGCGAGGCACUCCUGGACGUAGCCACUCUCCACCAAGAACGCUCGAGACUAUCGAUUCGGCGCAGAAGGCCAGGGAAGAAGUGCUUGCUCGACAGAUGGCAGAAUUUGCGGCCAUGGACCAAACUAUCCUCUCUAAGAAGGUGGGAUUGCCAGAUGUCAAGGUUGAGCCUAUUCCUCUCAAAUUUGACAAGAAGCCAAUGCCUGAGCCUGUAGAGAAUGAAGCUGCGGCGGCGGAGGAGGGGCAUACUGAGCAGGCUCCCUCUGAAGCUGAUGAGGACCAGUUUGAGGAUACUGUGACUGAUCUUACCGAGCAAUUACCUGUGGAGGCGAAGGAUGAGGAUGAUGCGAAGACGGAAGAUACGGAGACUGAUCUUUCUGACGCUGAGACUGCGCCUGAAGUUGCGGAACCGAUGGAACCGGUCGAGUCAGAGGUUGAAGGCACCACCUCGGCUGAUGCUGAAGAAGGCGAACCUGCAAAGGAAGUGGAAGUCGAUGAACCUGAGCCCAGUGAGUCCGAGUUUCACGACCCCGAGACCAAGGAAGACGAACCGGAGGAACCCAAGAUUGCGACACCUCAACGAGAGACUCGAAAUAUGGAUACGCCAGAGCCCGAAACUCCUCAACCCAGAGAAGCAAGGGAGAACACAACUACUGUUUCAGUGUCGCACGUCGUGACCAAUGUCAUCAUCCUACAAUCCUUCCUUUUUGAGCUGGCUGCCCUUAUUCAAGUCAGAGCAGGUCUAUUUGAUGAGGUGCGGUUCGUAUAG